UGUCAGGACAGGAAGAAGACUACUGGGGAUGUKUUUGAACGUUGUCACUCGGGAAAGUUAACUUGUUGCAGUAAUGGACACGAAUAUGGGAAACCCACACGACUACCGUGUUGUAUAGAAACAAUUUGUAUUAGUAGGAAGAGCCGUCUAUGUUCACCGAGUUUUAAGAUAUCUAACGUUAGCCACUACUGACAGGGAGGCACUCAAUAUUUGCAAGGAUUACGGGCAACCUCUUUCUUUGGGACGACAACUGUGCAACAUUAACUAACUAAAAGUAAUGGUAAAGUUGUGUUUGGUGCAACAACAAAGAGUCGUCAAGAGUGGCUCCUAUACAUUUUUCUCCGGCUGUUUGGGGGUACUUUAAAUUUCCCUCCUUUUUCCAUCACAGGCGGGGGUUCGGGUUAUUGGCUAGCAGCUAGCUAGCCACUCGCUAAUAGUAACUAGUCCAAAAGCAGUAACAUUAGGCGAGUACAUACAGGCAUCAGGGGCUACCCAGACUUUUUUUCGUUGGAAAGGACAACUUUUCAUAACUUGGUAGCGAGGCGUCAGUUUGUUUUUGUGUAAAAAUACGGUUAUCACCGGGUGUGUUCGUGAGUUUAUUUUUGUUCUCCCUUUGAGGAAAUUGUCUAAAUCACAAUGGAUCCUAAUGCGGGGAAUUCUGCCUCUGCUGCUGCUCCCAAAAGCAAGAAGGACAAAAAAGAAAAGAAAAAUAAUGAAGAUGGAGACGGGAAAAAGAAAUUUAAUAUCAAACGGCUGUUUCCUGAUGAGUUGGAGCGUUUCACCAGCAUGAGGAUGAAGAAGGACAAGGAGAAGCCUCAUGCACCUGCACAGCGCCACUCCAGCACUACCCACUACGAGGUGCCUGCCCAGGAGACCAUGCUGCACGACCAUCCUGACGAAUACGUACUGGAACUCUUCGAACAGAUGCUGGUGGAUAUGAACUUGAAUGAUGAGAAGCAGCGGCCUCUGCGGGCGAAAGACAUCUCCAUCAAACGAGAGAUGGUUUCUCAGUACCUCCACACAUCGAAAGCUGGUCAGAGCCAGAAGGAGUGCUCCAGGUCAGCCAUGAUGUACAUCCAGGAGCUGAGGAUGGAGCCCAGAGAYGCACAGCUCCUGGGUUGUCUGGAGUCUCUCCGGGUCUCCCUCAACAACAACCCAGUCAGCUGGGUGCAGAACUUUGGAGACGAGGGCCUGGCUCUGCUGCUCAACAUCAUGAGGAAGAUCCAGGAGGAGAAGGAUGAGUACCCGAAUAUGGGAGUGAAGUGUCAACACGAGAUUGUGCGCUGUCUCAAAGCCUUCAUGAACAACAAGUAUGGUCUGAAGGCCAUGUUGACRUCUGCCGAGGGCAUCCCUCUGCUGGUCCGAGCCAUCAACCCCCGGGUCCCUCACAUGAUGGUGGAUGUGGUCAAACUGCUCUCGGCCAUCUGCAUCCUGGAACACCCUGACAACCUUCAUGAGCGUGUUCUGGAGGCCGUCACUGAGGAGGCAGAGAAGCAGGACAGUGAGAGGUUUCAGCCACUCCUCUCUGGUAUGAACAAGCCCAACAUCGGCCUGAAGAAUGGCUGUAUGCAGCUCAUCAACGCUCUCAUCAGUCGAGGAGAAGAGCUGGACUACAGGAUCCACAUCCGCUCAGAACUGCUGAGACUGGGCCUGCGAGACCUGCUGACGGAGAUUCGGACCAUAGAGAAUGAGGAGCUGAGGGUGCAGCUCAGUGUUUUUGACGACCAGGCUGAGGAUGAUUCUGAAGAACUCCAGGCCCGCCUCAACGACGUGCGCGUUGAGAUGGAUGACGUGAUGGAGGUGUUCCAGAUCGUGAUGAACACCGUCAAAGACUCCAAGGCUGAAACACACUUCCUGUCUCUGAUGCAGCACCUGCUGCUCAUCCGCAACGACUACAUGCUGGAUGCAGAGCUGACAGCACGUCAGGAGCUGCAGGUAGAGCUGAAGAAAAUGGAAGGAGACUAUGAGCACAGAGUCCAUGAGCUGGCUGCUGAAAAGGAGACUCUGGGAUCUGAGAAGCAGGAGAGAGAGACCGAGAACCUGAGCCUAAUGGGGCAGAUCAACACACUCAAUGAGGAGAAUCCAGCUGUGUGGAAUGUCUUGCCUCUCCCUGGGAUGGCCGGUAUGCCCCCGCCACCCCCUCCUCUCCCUGGGAUGGCCGGUAUGCCCCCGCCACCCCCUCCUCUCCCUGGGAUGGCAGGUAUGCCCCCGCCACCCCCUCCUCCACCGGGGAUGGCCGGUAUGCCCCCGCCACCUCCUGGAAUGGGGGCCUGGGGCGCCUCUGUGCCACCCCCUCUGCCCUUCGGCCUGGUACCCAAGAAGGAGUACAAGCCUGAGGUGCAGCUGAAGAGAGCCAACUGGAGCAAGGUAAGGAUGGGA